AUGAGCAAUAAAAUACCCUUGCCAAAAUUACAAGACUACGGUUUAAAUGGCGCGACAGGAUUCUUGCCUGUUGAGCUUCCGGUGACAAAAUUAUCAGAUCCCUACUACGAGAAAUGGGAGAGUGUGGUGAGUAAAUUGCCAUCAUUGCUACUCUCAAGACGGAUUAGAGACAUAGUGGAUAAACUACCUAUUUUGGAGGUGAAAAAAUCCCUAUUGGCAGACAAUGCAGAACUCAGAAGAGCGUAUUCGGUUUUAUGUUUUAUUACCAAUGCAUAUGUUUGGGGUUACGACGAGCCUUCAGAAAUUUUACCUGAAUGCAUAGCUCAGCCACUAUUGGCUAUCAGUGAUAAACUCGGACUUCCCCCGCUUGCAACUUAUGCAUCUUUGGUUCUGUUUAAUUACCAGCCUAUUAUAGAAGACUCAGAACUUGUUGAGGAUGUUAUGGAUUUACAAAAUCUAACAACCAUAAACACAUUUACGGGCGGGAUGGAUGAAAGCUGGUUCUACCUUGUGAGCGUAUUCUUCGAAAAGACUGGUGGACAGUGCCUCAAGGCAGGACUAGAAGCUAUCCAAGCAGCGAGAGACGGGAACUCAGAGAAAGUGCGUUCAUUACUGGAAAGUAUAGCUCAAGGAAUUGAUCAACUGGGCUCUUUACUAAUGCGCAUGGAAGAAAUGUGCGAUCCACAUGUCUUUUACUAUAGGAUUAGACCUUAUCUAGCAGGCUGGAAAAACAUGGCAGAUGCUGGACUACCUAAUGGUAUCAAAUACGGACCAUCAGGGCCGUAUCAACAGUAUGCUGGCGGAUCAAAUGCUCAGAGCUCUUUAAUUCAAGCUCUUGACAUAUUAUUAGGAGUUGAACAUUUUGCUAUGGGUCAUAAGAAGCCCCAACAAGACGCUAUAUCAGCUAAGAGUGCAAGUAACUCUUUCAUCAACGAUAUGAGGAUGUACAUGCCCCGAGAGCAUAGAGAGUUCCUGGUACAUUUGCAACAAGUGAGUAAUGUCAGAGACUACGUGACGAACCAUAGAUCAAAUGAGAAUUUAACACUGGCUUUCGAUGCAUGUCUCGCCAUGUUGAAGUCGUUCCGCGACAAACACAUCCAAAUCGUAUCUCGUUACGUCAUCCUACAGGCUAAUAAAAAGCCUCUGUCGGGUGGUAAAAGUAAAACUUUGAGAAGUGGGCUUUCGAAGGGACAAGGGAAGAAGGAACAAAAGGGAACUGGAGGUACGUCACUCAUACCAUUCCUAAAGCAAUGUAGGGAUGAGACGGGCAGCGUCGCUGCUAGCGAUUGGGGCAAAAAAAUGUUGAGUACAGGUGUACUACAAGUUCAAAGCUCCAGCAGCAUCGUUGGCAUACGGAAGCAGCGUGAAGAGGACCAAUGCACCGAACAAAAUAGUAAAAGAGCCAAGGUUGGGUUAGCCGGUGACUGGAGCUCUUUUGAUGAUGAUGACGAAAUUGUGAGCCGCUCUAGCGGACACUGGUAG